GUGAUGACGUGUCAGGAACACCUGGGCGUCACCUGCGUGACGCUGAACGAGGACCCCUGUCCUCACAUGGUCAUCCACAAUCAGACCCCUCUCUCUAUGCUGCUCAGGGAGAAUGUCAAGGAACCCCCCAGGACAGAGGUGUACUGCCGCCCCCUCCCUGCCAACUCCUCCCUCCACCAUGGCCUCUACCACCACUUCUCCAGCUUCCCCGCCUGCAGACAGAGAGAGCCUCUACCGACCGUGCGGCUGAAGACCAGUCCUGACCCCAACAGUCUGCCGCCCGGCGACCUGCAGGCGUCUCCGGAGUGGAGCGACCCCGUGGACAUCAACUGCCCCGGCACACAGGUGGUUUUCCUACCAGGGUUUGGCUGUCUCUACAUAGAUGUCGUCCAUCAGGAUGGCACAAUCAUCCUGCCCUGGCACCAGAGGGCAGCGACGUCCAAUCGGAAGCUGGCGUUCAGGGUGUUGCUGAGCGAGGCCAGUGUGUCGCUGAGUGAUGACAUCACCAGUCGUUCGGGUUCCGUGGAGCUCUUGAGGCUGACUCUGUCCAAGCUGCUACUGAACCUGUGUCCUGCCCGUCUGGGUGACUCUGGCAUGGGGGCUGGUCACCGCCGGGAUGGGAGAGGCCUGUCUGGUCGAAGUCCACUGUGCCAGCCUGCAGGUGGAUAA